UCCCUACUUACAGAAUGCAGCGUGUGACUCCCCUGGGGAUUCUGUCGCUUGUCCUGAACAUCAUGUGUGGAGCUUUGAAUCUCAUUCGAGGAGUUCACCUGGCAGAGUAUUCAUUUCAGGAGGACCAUGAAGGCAUUGGAAAUGUGAUAGCUUUUUUCCUACCUUUUCUAGCCUGUGUUUUUCAGUGUUACUUGUACCUCUUCUACAGCUCAGCGAGGAAGGUGAAGACGUUUGUACUCUUCUUCUCUGUUUGUUUCUGCAACGUUUACCUGUACGGAUUACGGAACCUCUGGCAAAUAGCCUUUCACAUAGGAGUGGCAUCUCUUUCUUCUUACCAGAUACUAGCAAGGCAACUUAUGGAGAAACAGCCUGACUGUGGAGUAUGAAAAAGGCUUUGGGUUUGCUACUCUCUUUUUAAAACUUUUUUUUGUAUUAAACUGGCCCAAAAUAGCUUGGAAUAUUUUUAAAGAUUUGUGACAGUGGUCAUUGCAAGGAGGAUAUUUCAAAGCAACUUGAAACAAAGUGGGAUGCUGUAAUCAC